AUGUCCAAGGUCGACUUUGAGUACUACCCUCACCUCGUAGACAUCAUUUGGGAACACAUCUCAGAACCAAUCACCGUCUAUACCGCCGGCCAGGUGUGCUCUUCUUGGAGGCAGCGUUUCCUCAAGGUCAUCUAUCGCUAUCUCUCUGCCCAGCCUGAUGAUGCGGGAUCGAGCUUCUGGACGAAAGCAGACCGUGGAGCGUAUUUCCUCAAGUAUUACUUGCCCAACGCCAAGGCGGAAAACAACCAGAGAGACUUCGAGUUUGCAUUUAAAGUAGCACCAGCCCUAGACACGGCCUCUGCAACUCGGCUCACACACUCUCUGGACGUAUUCUGGCCCGACUAUAAGCCAAAGCGUCGAAUCGCAACCGAGCUGACCAAGACUUUCCCCGCUUUGCGUACCAUGAGAGUGCAUACCACUUCCGAAGGACUCCUUGAUGGUGUAGGAUCAACUCAAGUCUACUCGUGGUAUUCUCGCUCAGCCUCCAGAAUCUCCAUCGCCGCGCGCGGGGCUGAGACUCUGGUGCUCCUGAUCACUGUGGAGACUCCACUCGUUGUACACGCCCUGCUCGGCGACGACAUCGGUCUCCAUCACCAGCUCGAGAAGGAAUGUUACUCCGCAAGUCAAGUCGUGGUCAUCUUGCAGCCUGACGAGCCGCCUAGGCAAGAUUCGACUGUUCGACCCUGGUCAGAGACUUGGGCAUGUACCUCGGCGAGUGCAGUGCUUCCUUCCACAUCACUGUGGGUGGAGCGGAGAGCAUCCUUGAAUACGGGGCCGGGGAGAGCUUCGAGACCUUCAAGGCGGCUGUACUGGGACAACUGGCGCUGUACGGGGGGCACGAGGUUCGAUUCAUGA